GCCCUGCUCACUUUUCUCUCCUCCUAUCAAUUAGUAGUAGUGUCGGUCUCUUCUCCUGUUUCUCCUUUUCUUUUUGUUUCUUGUUUUCUCGCUUUCUUGCCCUUUUCCCUCCUUUUCCUUCACGUCAUUCUUUCCCUCUGCCCUCAGUAUCUUGAGGCCUCUGCCGUCUUUCACCAAGGGACCUUGUGGUUCCCGUCCACUCCUUUCUCAGAAUUUGCCCUUAAGCGUUCACUUCAUCAUUCAUCAUACAUUGAAUUGACCCCAUUGCCCCCGAAAUCUUGGUGUCAGUGAUUGUUGUUGAAUCACAUCUCAUUAACCGCCUUCAUCCACCUAUUCAUGACUUACAAAUCGCAACACCUCGGGGCUGUCAUAUACCUCAGAUUGUCCCAACUGCGGUCUUGAUCAUACUGGAAGUUGUUGGUUUCUCAGAGUAACCGAGCUCUGGGCCAUUCCCCUAGGGGGCCAAGACAAUAUGCACACUCACCAUAAACAUCGGACCCUCCAUGGUACCCAAAUGUCAAGCCGCUCAGUGCCACGCCGGCCUGGCAUUGUGCCUCACCAUCGACUACCAUUUUUAGCUGUUCCUGAAGCCCCUACGCUUGUGAGAAGAGAACCUUUGCCAUCUACUGAAUCAUCGGCUAGUCAGUCUAGUUCAGCUAGUGAAAAGCCCACUAGCACUCUUACUACGACCACUCUGCCUGUUGUUUUGGGAGCAGUGAUUCCCAUUGUGUGUGCUAUAGCAGUUUUGCUCUAUCUGCAUCGGCGGAACGUGAAGAAGCUACGGAAUGAGGACGCGAAUGACAAGCACAAGUCCCUCGACUUCGGCUUAGACUUGGCUCCCACAGGAGCCAGACCAAUGCAACAAGCUGAGAAAGCUGAUCGUAACGCAGCUCAUGCUAAAGGGGUGUCCUUGGAUAUUGGGCCUAGUCCCUAUCUUCUUCCACCUGGUCUGCAAAGCUCCAGGGAAUCUCUGCAUUCCUUGUCCAGAUCCAUCGGCGAUGGUGAUGAUGACAAAUACCGGCAUGCAACUUCCUUUUUGGGCGACAAUGCAUCCCUCAGAUCUCACUCGAGGGGGGUUCACGACGAUGCGUUAAGCUUUGCAGGGUCAAGCAGGCCGGGCGGUCUGGGCGAUGAGAUGAACCAAGGACUUCUGCGAAAUGCUCAAAGAAUGUCACGCUCAUCCCCUCCGCUCUACAAUAGGCCUGGCGAUCAAAAUAUGCAGAGUCCAACUGAUUCAGAUCCUGGCAGAGAUACUGGCCUCCAGUUGAAUUUGCCUAGAAGCCCAAGUCCUGUGUUCGUACCAAAUGUUUCUAUUGGAGGGCCAAAUCCGAUAACAAGCGAUGUUGAACGACACCGUUCUGAACUCCGUGGCUCUCCUGAAAGCAUGGAGAUUGGUGCUCACAAGAAUCGCUUAUCACAAUUGCCUUUGGAGCAGUCACAGGACUCCAGCCUAGCCCACACCAGCAACAGCAGUCCAGAUGGGGCAGUGGGCUCGAUUGCGUUCCCUCACCCACAUCAUGCCAAGAUCCCGUUACAUGACCUUAUUCCCCUCCCCUCCGACAUGGUUCCCAUGCAUUCCACGCCAAUUUCCACCCCCAGAAUUUCGCUUCCCUUGAGUGAUGCAGCUAGUGACUAUGGAGAUGCGAGAAAAUCAACCCCUGAGGUUCCAACUGUCAGCGUGCAAAAUGCAGUCAAUGACACGGGGUAUGAACAGAGACUUGAGAACUACACUGUUCCUGCUAUACUUCCUGAAGAACCACCCCGAUCUCAAAAUGCAGGUCUUGAUACCCGUCGGGACACACAACGGAUGACCCUUGGACUUCGCCCUUUGCCACCAGAGGAUCCAUCAGACAACCCUGAACAGCGUGCCAACCGCAUUCGGUCUUUCUACAAAGAAUAUUUUGAUGAAAACAGAACGGGUCGAGAAACCUAUUAUCAAGACUAUGGGCCUGAGUUCUACGCCGAGGGUGGCUAUGUCUAUGAUCCCAUGAGCGAAGAUAAUCUUGAUGCUGUUCCAGCGCCCUUCGCUGAGCCAGUGACUCGUCGUGCCAUGACCCCACCCCCUCGCGCGCCUCCACGCUUCCAAGGGGCAGCUCGGCAUAUGGCCACCGGUUCAGACGGGGGCUUCAAGGAUCGAUUCAAUGCCCCCGGGCCCCGUGCAUUCUCCUCGGCCUCGGGUCGUUUGCCUGGCCCUCAGAAGCCCCGCAAGCCAGCGCCCCCGCCAUCACCGCUUCAGAUUCUUCCUACCCCCCAUAUGUUGAAAGAUGAGUCAAUUAUGUCGGCCAUCGAUUAUGCACCGGCCAAUCAUUUCAAGGAUCAAAGGGAAGGUCGACCGGAGACUCCACUGGGUGGUCUCCAGCCGUUCAGCCCGGCGGUGCCGGCCCAUUCUCCACUUGUUUCGGCUUUCGAUGAGCUUUCCGCUCUCCCCAGCGCACACGCAUUGCGAAAGUCGGGCUUUUACGACAAUUUGGACUUCGCACUUCCACCUCGCUUCAAGAAUACCGAUACUGGAAGCGAUGCAGGCAGUAUUCGCAGCAACCGUACAGGGAUUUCUACAACUCACCUACACAAUAUCCGCACUGGUGCGUAUCGCGUCAGCCGCUUACCCCCUGACACGGUGGGUACCAAAGAUGAUCUGAUAACAAAUCUCCGUCCUAAAUGGGAUAUGGGGCAGUAAAUAUCGACGUGUCUGUAUAGUCUUUUCGCUGUAACGAUCCCUCAUUCCUUGCAAUCUUCUGUUGUCAACAUACCUUAUUACGAUAUAUUCUUGUCUAUUCUUUUUCGGUCAGGUACUUUGUUGAUGGCCCGCGGGCAAUUUAACAAUCCAUCUGAUGUCGGCGGCGCAAGUACAUACCAAAUGCUUUUGUUCUUUGUCUGCAUUACUAGACUUAGUCUGAGUAGCCUCUAUAACAUACAACUUGCAAAUAUGAGGUUUUCUGGAUUGGAGCCGCCGUUCUCCGAUUCUCAUGAACUUGCGGACCGG